CUCAACACGCUUCUUUCAACGUUCCACUGCCUGUCAGUCUGCACAGAACAACCCCCCCGCCAACCUCUGCUGGAAGAGAGCAGAAAGCGGCACGUUCUGGCUUGUGUUCUCUAGAAUAGAUUCACGCGAACUCGGGCGCCAACGCACUUUGCUGUGCAGAGUUAGUGCAGUGACCUCUCCUGCAAGGCGAUGCCUUGGCCAUGGCGCGUCUAAACACCCAAAUCGCAUCGUCAGAGAGUGAAACAGAGAGUCAGAGAUUAUCGAGCUCACCCAGUCGCGCCGCGGUUCCUCGUACGUCCGAAACCCCUCCAUCGCCGACCUUGGCCUCGGACUCGGAUAAAGAGAACCAGAACCGGGGUCUUUCUUUAACGAGCAAAGGCAAAGGCAAGCGCACCAGUGCAGCCGCGGCGAUUAUGCCAGAGUCGGAACGACGAGCAGGGACCGGCGCCCACUCAAGCAGCCAGCAUACGUCCAAGCGAAGAAGAGUGAGCAGCGGCGAAGAUGUCAGUCACACGCAGAAACAAUUCUACGACCCUGAACAGAACCCGGAAGAGCGCCGACUCGUGCGGAAAGGGCUUCGAAGUUUAUUUGCCAGACUUCACGACUCGAAGACGGAGUAUUUGCGGCCAGAUUCCAAAGGGCUUGAAGAGACGCUGCGCGAGGCAGACGAGCUGUACAAGAAUGUCAAGCAGACCUCGGAGGCGACGAUCGACUCGCGGUUGCUCGUGGAGACAGCGGACCUGUCGUACCGCAAGAUCAACAACUUGACUCUGGGGGACGGAAGUCUUGGUAUCGAUGUGGAUGACUUUGUCACCAAAUGUAUUGGCUUCAUGAGACUGGGCGAUGAGGCCGACUCGGUAGCGCAAAGCCAGCAGCCGCCAUCAGGCACUCAAUCCUUGACACAAACUCAGCGGAGGCGGCGGUCGCGACACGCACCGGCCGCAGACUUGGAAGAUGUCGAGGACGAAAUAGGCGAUACCUUAAACUGGGAGUAUCUAGGCCGAAACGCGUGCUUUCUCUACAACUCACGACCAUGCUUGACGGGCUUCCUUCUCGGUCCACUAUCGGUACAGAAAAAGACACGACAACAGACACAGCGCAAAGCCCGCGAGGCCCGCACCGACGCGACCCAGGCAGUCCGACCCGUGGAGCUCGGCGACGAAGACCUGGAGAAACAGGAAUCGGUCAACUUGACCGUCAUCUGUACGGCGAUUGCGCGGCUGCUGCAACACACUCAGGAAACGGGGAUGGCGAAUGUCGAGAAGGAAUACGACGAAUACAAUACCAACAAUGGCGAUGACGAAGAUGCAGAAUUGUCCGAAGACCAAAUCCGCGCCAUCCUCAAGCGGCACCGCAUGGCAGACAACGGAUGUGUGCCGCUAUUCGACUUCUGCAUCAACCCGCGCUCGUUCGGCCAAUCCGUCGAGAAUCUGUUCUAUGUCAGUUUCCUCAUCAAGGAAGGCAAAGUCGGUCUCGACUUCGAUAGCACUGGCCAGCCCACCCUGGGCAUUGCGGCAACGCGCACUGUCGCCGAGAGGCAGGAACGGCCCAAGAACCAGGCUGUCUUCACAUUGGACUUUGACGUCUGGGAGGAUAUUGUUGCCACUUUCGACAUUGAAGAAAGUAUCAUUCCGCAUCGCGUGGAAGAAACGUAUGAUGACGGCAUCAUGAAUGAGACUACCGCUGCUGGUGGAAAUGGUGAUGACGUCGACCUCCUUGACCUUGACCAGAAUCAAGCUGCCAGGAGAAGAGGCGAUGAUGGCGAGGAAGAAGUUUCUGAUGCUUAUUCUUAGACGAAAAGGAAACAUUUUUGGUUUUUGGAAACGGAGACGAAAACGGUCCCGGCUGGGGGUGAACGAAUCUCGAUAGAACGGUCUCGGUGGUACGGUACUUUUCGGAAUGAUGAAGACAAGGUCAGACUCGUUUCUUGUCUUUUUUUUCUCAUGCCAUGGGAGGUUUUCAAUGUCUGUUUCGAUGUUGUUACGGCGGUCCACAGCUUGAAAGGGAAACGAAUGUGUUGUGUGUGUGAGUGUGUGAUGCAGGUCAGGCUAAGCCAUGAAAGGACCUGCCCUGCCAUGUGGGAGUUCUAGUACCUACUGUACCACUACCUACUAGGUACCUACCUAAAUACCAGGUACCUUACGAUAAGAUUUUUGUUGUUUUAUUUUCUGUCCGAAUCCAGAACACGACUUCGGUCGCCGGAGCAAGAUACUGUACUAGUAUGCGCACUAUGAUGUGGGUUCUGCGGUGCACCCAUACGCAUAGAAUACAGUGGACGUGAGAUAGUCAAGGUCCAACACACAGGAAUCGU